AUGAUUGCAACCGGGCUCGCAGACAGUGCAAUCCCGGGGACCAGGAACUCUCCUCGGGAUAAAGCUUCGAUACAGCGGCCUUUUAGAUUGAUAUCACCGGGUGGUGAACAAUUCGCAAGCAUUCAGUUUGGGUUAAUGGCGCAAGGGCCAGAGUCCGACCUCCCAGAGAGGCGCUGUGGAUGUGUCAAUGCGACUGCUACAAGGGUCGGGUCGCCCGCGAGUAUGCAACGCCAAAAGGCCCGGAGGAGAAGUGGUCCCAACCCAGCAGGCUGUUGCCCCAUCCAGCCGUUUAGCGGGUUCGAGCACCACCGGCCGAAGGAGCUCGACAUCAUGCUGCAGAAUAGCAAGCUCUACAGCGACGUAGUCAAGAGAUACAGCAGCAGGAGGCUUACUUUUGCGGGCGAUAUCCUCCGCGCGCUCCAGGAGGCCAUCAACGCCCUUUCCCAUCUUCACCGCCCCUGGCCGACGCGCUUUGCCCUGCCGAUCCCGACGUUCCCGCUUGAGCUGGGGUGGGGCUGCAGGCUGAAUUAUGGCUUUGUGGCCGAAUGUACGCCGCGCGAUGUGGACGUGGCCAUGCGGUCGCGGUGGCAGUUCCCAUCGUGGUCGUGGCUCGCGUGGAGAGCGCAGAUCUUUGAGACUGUGCGUCAAUGA